AUGGUUUGCUCUUCUUUGAAGGCUGUUGAAGAGAGAUUUGAGGACGGGAAGGUGAUGGUGUCACAAGUGGGCUUACUGGCUGGGACUGCAGCUACGGUUGCUGCUGCUGUUGCAGAUCCUGAGCUAUUGAUGCUGGCAUUCUGUCUGUGCUGGUUAAAGCUGAGAUCGUUGGUGUUGAAACUUGUGAUGGGGGGAGUGAUUGGAGAAGGGGUGAUGGUUAUUUACUGUCUUGCGUACUACCAAAACAUAAAGAGAGAGGCUGAAGGUCUUCUAUCUAUGAAGUGGUUUCAAGGAACAGCUGAUGCUGUAAGGGAAUUUACGUGUGUCUUUGAGGAUGCCAAAACCAAGAAUGUUGAGAAUAUUUUGAUAUUGUCUGGUGACCAUCUUUAUAGGAUGGAUUAUAUGGGUGUUGUGCAGAAGCAUAUUGACACAAAUGCUGAUAUUACAGUUUCAUGUAUUCCCAUGAAUGACAGCCGUGCAUCAGAUUAUGGGUUGAUGAAGAUCGACAAGUCUGGACGGAUUAUCCAAUUUGCCGAGAAACCUAAGGGUUUUGACCUAAAAGCAAUGCAAGUUGACACCACUAUCCUUGGGUUGACUCAACAAGAAGCCAUGGAAUCUCCUUACAUUGCAUCAAUGGGCGUCUAUGUAUUCAGAACAGAGGUUCUACUUAAGCUUUUGACAUGGAAAUAUCCCAUGUGCAAUGACUUUGGAUCUGAAAUCAUUCCAUCAGCUGUGAAGGAGUGCAAUGUCCAAGCAUAUUUAUUCAAUGACUAUUGGGAGGACAUUGGAACAAUCAAAUCGUUCUUUGAUGCUAACUUGGCGCUUACAGAACAGCCUCCUAGGUUUGAGUGGAGGUUUCAGUAA